ACAAAACAGCGAGAUUAAACUGAAUCACAGUUUCAGCUUUCUUUGACAUGCGCAGACGGACUCCUAUUAUCGAGUAUUUGUGUAUUGAUAACAUUGAGGACUGAUUUUCGUUUACGUAUAACCCCCGUACAUAUAACACUUGCCUAUCUAUAACGAUACACACAGGCAUCCACCGCCCCUGACAACCCUUAUCUCAUUGCUACACUUACUAAUUUCUGGCUACCCGAAUAAUAAAAGACAACGUUUAUUUAAUUUUCAUAAUUCACGCGAACAAAGAGGACAUUUUGUGUGGUUAUGAGGUAAAUCCUUAGCGUCACAUUUAAAGUGGGUUCUGACAGGUACGGAGUCGGCGUUUUAACACUCAGACCGUUGUUGCACAGGUGAAACUUUGUGCGAGAUCUAAUUUAGCAAUGAGCACAGGUACAACGGCAGCUUCAGGUGUCGAGGACAGAAACUUCCAGUAACUGUAAAUAAUGAAAACGUAACCAAGCAGGUAGCGUCAGGACAAGAUGGGGUCCGGAAAAUCCAAACCCAAGGUCAAGGUCAGGCCAGCCACGCCGGACUACAAAAAGGUUCCGUCCAUCCUGAGCGAGUAUCCUCCUCCUAAGAUUCCUAUUUCACAUAGGAGGGACAUCGUUAAACCCGAACGCCUCAAGAAGGUUUCCAGGACUGCCUUAAUGGUACCAGUUGACUCGAUGGCAGAGAGCUAUGAUGAGUUUCUGAGCCAGCUGACACGGGCAGCACUGGAUGACGUAGAGAAGGUUUGGUCUAUCUACAUCUGGCUUGGAAGUAUGACGUCAGAACUAGUCUCCAGCCAAGGCGGGUCCAGCACACCAAUGGGCUACCUCCGGAUGGUCAACGACAGAAAAGGAGACAUGACAACAUUCUUCACCCUUCUUUGUCGUCAUUGCGGUAUACCGUGUGUGAUGCUGCAUGGAGUUACCCGGAUGGAAGCAGCCGGUCAGAUAGACGCAACCAAUACAGAGGACAUGAAAGACAAAUGGGCAGCUGUCUUUCUGCAGGACAGCUGGAGGUUAAUUCAUGUGACUAGGGCGAGAGACCCGAGUGUCAAGGUGAAGAACCACUUCUUCCUGACGGAACCGGAUGAGUUCAUUUUCACCUGUUUACCAGACAUUCCCGAAUGGCAACUACUUUCGAAGCCCUUAACAGCCACCGAGUUUCUCAAUCAACCAUUUUGUUCCCCGGAAAUGCUCAGUAAUGGUAUCCGGAUAGUGAACCCUAAAACGGGCCGAAUCCGAACUAAAUCCGGUAAAGCUUUCAUAGAGAUAUCGGCCCCACGGGAGAUAGGACAAAAUCUUGCGGUAAGCUUCGUAUUAAGGGGACUGAGGGCGAUAGAGGCUGAGUCAUGUGUGAACGGGUUCGCAAAGGUCAAAAGCAACAGCGAUCGGGAUAUUUAUGACGAUGACGAUGAGCUGGACGUUAGUCCAUCGUUCACGACAGAGUUCCCUCCCCUGUUAGAACGAUACGUGUAUCAGACGACAAAGAAUAACCAUGUAUUUUUUGACAUCGUACUUCCUGUUCCGGGCAUCUACCAGUUUGAUGUUCACGGAGAUCUCCUCGACAAUGUGGACGACUUUGCUGACAUGCCUGUAAUGUGUCAGUUUAGACUGAUCUCUGGGAAUGCUCCAUUUCCCGGACAACUCGACCCUCUACCAAUUGCCCCUUCCUUAGGUUGGGGGCCUACACCUUACCUGUUAAAGCUUGGAAUGAAAACUAUUAGUCACAAAGGAGGCCAUAUUUAUAUCAAUCCGGAGGAUGUUAUCACUAUAAAGUUUGAAACGUUGGACGACUAUCAGUUCAAAGUGGAACUCCAUCAUGACCUUGUUACCAGAGAUCACUUAGAGGAUCACGUGAGCCAUGACGUUGAAAACGGAGUGUUGUCUAUAACGUUGUCUGUUCCGGCAGAAGGACAAUAUGCCCUGCUUGUAUAUGCCAAAAGUGAGGACGGUUCUCUGGAGGAUUAUGAGAACGUAUGCAACUACCUAGUUCUGUGUAGCAGACAAGCGUCAACCGAGACAGAGAGAUAUCCUAAACGGGUGUUGAGAGAGCGACUAGAACAGCAUACAGAAUCAGGAACAUAUGACGAACUAUGGGCCGCCCUUGAAGAUUUCCAGUUCCACAAUGUUGAGGACAGAGGGGAAGUUGACCGGGCUAACCAAAAACUCCACUACUUCAAACUCAGGAAAGGAUUACUGGAUACGCUGAAGCGACGGAACCUGUUCGUCCUGAAAGAGAGCAUACGACAAGCCAGAAACUCUAAAUUCGAGUCGGAGCUACAGCCAGAAAUACAAAAGGCUGAAGACUACCUUUGUCGGCUUCAGAGGCUGGCUGGGUACCUUCACCCGAUAGAAAAGCUGGAGUCGAAAGUGAUUUUCGAGAUUCGUAGCUACAGGAACCCCAAACCUGUCAUACAGGACGUACUUACAGCUGUGUAUUUGAUGUUCGGGGAGCCAAUAGAGUACUUAGAGAAGUGGGGAUACAUCCAGGUACUGAUGGCUCAGAGCGGCAAGGACAGCCUACAGAAGAAAAUAGCAAAUCUUGAUCCUGAUGACGUCACCAUGUCGAGUGUGAAGGACGCAGAGGAGGUACUUAAACCCUAUGAUCUCCGUGCGGUGAGGGAAGCUAGUCCAGGGACCUGCGGCCCUGUACUGUUUGGGUACAAAACAUUUGUAAGGAAAAGAGGAACCCUACCCCACGUGACUCCGUCACAAAAGACAGCACUAACACUAGAAAGAGCAUUGAUAGCUUCCGUAAAGCCGCGAUUCCAAUGGAAAAUUCCCAUCUGAAGCGCAUGAGACGGGAACACCUUCCUAACGUGGCAGGAAGGCGGGCCUGAUUACGUCAUCAGAGACAAGGGCGAGGGUUGUAACAGAAUUGUAUAAAAUGUAUAAAAAUGCAUUAACAUCUGUAUAUGUAUUCAUCAACUACGUUAGGUUACAUUAAGUUCGAUAUACUAACUAUACUGAUAUCCAUGACUUCGGAUACACAGACAAUACUACAUUGCAUGUAGUAGUGUUAUCAGGAUGAUAGAACAAUAAGUUUGUAGAACUAUCUGUGCUUAGACAUAGCAUAUCUCGAUUUAUUUUAAUUCACACAUUGAUAUAAAUCUACAUUUCACCUUUUGCUUUCCUGGACUUUUGUUGAUAUCUACCUCCACCAGGAGAGACAGAUCCAUUGUAACUCUGAUAGACAUAGGCAGGUGUGUUCUGAGGGGGUUGGUUUGUAUUCUAUUUUAAUCGUUAAAUAAUCUCAUCUACGUAAUCUGACUCGUUGUUUGAAAUACGGAAUCGUCACAUCUUAAGACAAUGAAACUUGAUAUUAUGUUAUGCGAUCAAUUAUUCUCGUUUGAAAUAUGUACCCUAUUUAUAAACUGUUCAUUAAAAAAUGAAAUGAGA